AGCUCCUGACUGUCCUAUUGGAGGGGUAGGGGGUAAGGGUCUUUCCUGGUUCUCUUUCCCACUUGGCACUUUCCUUGCGAUUAUUACUGCAGCAUACCCCACACCUGCUGCUGUAAAGGCCAGAGAGGACAGAAUCAGCCCUCAAAGCUUCGCCCAAGCUCCUCGGCCACGCGCGCAGCGUCCCCGCCGCGCAGUCACCUGAGUGGCCAGUGCCCCGCAGCGUCGCGCCCGCGCACGAGUGGUCGGCACCUUCUGAGCCAGCAGCAUAGAGCCCAGGCAUCCCUGCUUUACGCCACUCCGGGACACAGGUGGGACACUCUUUUAGUCCUCAAUCCCUGGCGCGAGGCCACCCAAGGCAACGCAGGACGCAGGGCGUUUGGGGACCAGGCAGCAGACUGGGGCGGUACCUGCGGAGAGCCACGCAACUUCUCCAGGCCUCUGACUACUUUGGAAACUGCCCGGGGCUGCGACAUCAACCCCUUAAGUCCCGGAGGCGGAAAGAGGGUGGGUUGGUUUGAAAGACACAAGGAAGAAAAAUGUGCUGUGGGGCGGGUUAAGUUUCCCACCCUCUUCCCCCUUCCCGAGCAAAUUAGAAACAAAACAAAUAGAAAAGCCAGCCCUCCGGCCAACCAAAGCCCCAAGCGGAGCCCCAAGCGGAGCCCCAGCCGGAGCACUCCUUUAAAAGGAUUUGCAGCGGUGAGGAAAAAACCAGACCCGACCGAGGAAUCGUUCUGCAAAUCCAGGUGUACACCUCUGAAGAAAGAUGAUGUGUCAGAAAUUCUAUGUGGUUUUGUUACACUGGGCAGAAUUUCUUUAUGUGAUAGCUGCACUUAACCUGGCAUAUCCAAUCUCUCCCUGGAAAUUUAAGUUGUUUUGUGGACCACCGAACACAACCGAUGACUCCUUUCUCUCACCUGCUGGAGCCCCAAACAAUGCCUCGGCUUUGAAGGGGGCUUCUGAAGCAAUUGUUGAAGCUAAAUUUAAUUCAAGUGGUAUCUACGUUCCUGAGUUAUCCAAAACAGUCUUCCACUGUUGCUUUGGGAAUGAGCAAGGUCAAAACUGCUCUGCACUCACAGACAACACUGAAGGGAAGACACUGGCUUCAGUAGUGAAGGCUUCAGUUUUUCGCCAGCUAGGUGUAAACUGGGACAUAGAGUGCUGGAUGAAAGGGGACUUGACAUUAUUCAUCUGUCAUAUGGAGCCAUUACCUAAGAACCCCUUCAAGAAUUAUGACUCUAAGGUCCAUCUUUUAUAUGAUCUGCCUGAAGUCAUAGAUGAUUCGCCUCUGCCCCCACUGAAAGACAGCUUUCAGACUGUCCAAUGCAACUGCAGUCUUCGGGGAUGUGAAUGUCAUGUGCCGGUACCCAGAGCCAAACUCAACUACGCUCUUCUGAUGUAUUUGGAAAUCACAUCUGCCGGUGUGAGUUUUCAGUCACCUCUGAUGUCACUGCAGCCCAUGCUUGUUGUGAAACCCGAUCCACCCUUAGGUUUGCAUAUGGAAGUCACAGAUGAUGGUAAUUUAAAGAUUUCUUGGGACAGCCAAACAAUGGCACCAUUUCCGCUUCAAUAUCAGGUGAAAUAUUUAGAGAAUUCUACAAUUGUAAGAGAGGCUGCUGAAAUUGUCUCAGCUACAUCUCUGCUGGUAGACAGUGUGCUUCCUGGAUCUUCAUAUGAGGUCCAGGUGAGGAGCAAGAGACUGGAUGGUUCAGGAGUCUGGAGUGACUGGAGUUCACCUCAAGUCUUUACCACACAAGAUGUUGUGUAUUUUCCACCCAAAAUUCUGACUAGUGUUGGAUCGAAUGCUUCUUUUCAUUGCAUCUACAAAAACGAAAACCAGAUUAUCUCCUCAAAACAGAUAGUUUGGUGGAGGAAUCUAGCUGAGAAAAUCCCUGAGAUACAGUACAGCAUUGUGAGUGACCGAGUUAGCAAAGUUACCUUCUCCAACCUGAAAGCCACCAGACCUCGAGGGAAGUUUACCUAUGACGCAGUGUACUGCUGCAAUGAGCAGGCGUGCCAUCACCGCUAUGCUGAAUUAUACGUGAUCGAUGUCAAUAUCAAUAUAUCAUGUGAAACUGACGGGUACUUAACUAAAAUGACUUGCAGAUGGUCACCCAGCACAAUCCAAUCACUAGUGGGAAGCACUGUGCAGCUGAGGUAUCACAGGCGCAGCCUGUAUUGUCCUGAUAGUCCAUCUAUUCAUCCUACGUCUGAGCCCAAAAACUGCGUCUUACAGAGAGACGGCUUUUAUGAAUGUGUUUUCCAGCCAAUCUUUCUAUUAUCUGGCUAUACAAUGUGGAUCAGGAUCAACCAUUCUUUAGGUUCACUUGACUCGCCACCAACGUGUGUCCUUCCUGACUCCGUAGUAAAACCACUACCUCCAUCUAACGUAAAAGCAGAGAUUACUGUAAACACUGGAUUAUUGAAAGUAUCUUGGGAAAAGCCAGUCUUUCCGGAGAAUAACCUUCAAUUCCAGAUUCGAUAUGGCUUAAGUGGAAAAGAAAUACAAUGGAAGACACAUGAGGUAUUCGAUGCAAAGUCAAAGUCUGCCAGCCUGCUGGUGUCAGACCUCUGUGCAGUCUAUGUGGUCCAGGUUCGCUGCCGGCGGUUGGAUGGACUAGGAUAUUGGAGUAAUUGGAGCAGUCCAGCCUAUACGCUUGUCAUGGAUGUAAAAGUUCCUAUGAGAGGGCCUGAAUUUUGGAGAAAAAUGGAUGGGGACGUUACUAAAAAGGAGAGAAAUGUCACCUUGCUUUGGAAGCCCCUGACGAAAAAUGACUCACUGUGUAGUGUGAGGAGGUACGUGGUGAAGCAUCGUACUGCCCACAAUGGGACGUGGUCAGAAGAUGUGGGAAAUCGGACCAAUCUCACUUUCCUGUGGACAGAACCAGCGCACACUGUUACAGUUCUGGCUGUCAAUUCCCUCGGCGCUUCCCUUGUGAAUUUUAACCUUACCUUCUCAUGGCCCAUGAGUAAAGUGAGUGCUGUGGAGUCACUCAGUGCUUAUCCCCUGAGCAGCAGCUGUGUCAUCCUUUCCUGGACACUGUCACCUGAUGAUUAUAGUCUGUUAUAUCUGGUUAUUGAAUGGAAGAUCCUUAAUGAAGAUGAUGGAAUGAAGUGGCUUAGAAUUCCCUCGAAUGUUAAAAAGUUUUAUAUCCACGAUAAUUUUAUUCCCAUCGAGAAAUAUCAGUUUAGUCUUUACCCAGUAUUUAUGGAAGGAGUUGGAAAACCAAAGAUAAUUAAUGGUUUCACCAAAGAUGCUAUCGACAAGCAGCAGAAUGACGCAGGGCUGUAUGUCAUUGUACCCAUAAUUAUUUCCUCUUGUGUCCUACUGCUCGGAACACUGUUAAUUUCACACCAGAGAAUGAAAAAGUUGUUUUGGGACGAUGUUCCAAACCCCAAGAAUUGUUCCUGGGCACAAGGACUGAAUUUCCAAAAGCCUGAAACAUUUGAGCAUCUUUUUACCAAGCAUGCAGAAUCAGUGAUAUUUGGUCCUCUUCUUCUGGAGCCUGAACCCAUUUCAGAAGAAAUCAGUGUCGAUACAGCUUGGAAAAAUAAAGAUGAGAUGGUCCCAGCAGCUAUGGUCUCCCUUCUUUUGACCACACCAGACCCUGAAAGCAGUUCUAUUUGUAUUAGUGACCAGUGUAACAGUGCUAACUUCUCUGGGUCUCAGAGCACCCAGGUAACCUGUGAGGAUGAGUGUCAGAGACAACCCUCAGUUAAAUAUGCAACUCUGGUCAGCAACGAUAAACUAGUGGAAACUGAUGAAGAGCAAGGGUUUAUCCAUAGUCCUGUCAGCAACUGCAUCUCCAGUAAUCAUUCCCCACUGAGGCAGUCUUUCUCUAGCAGCUCCUGGGAGACAGAGGCCCAGACAUUUUUCCUUUUAUCAGACCAGCAACCCACCAUGAUUUCACCACAACUUUCAUUCUCGGGGUUGGAUGAGCUUUUGGAACUGGAGGGAAGUUUUCCUGAAGAAAAUCACAGGGAGAAGUCUGUCUGUUAUCUAGGAGUCACCUCCGUCAACAGAAGAGAGAGUGGUGUGCUUUUGACUGGUGAGGCAGGAAUCCUGUGCACAUUCCCAGCCCAGUGUCUGUUCAGUGACAUCAGGAUCCUCCAGGAGAGAUGCUCACACUUUGUAGAAAAUAAUUUGAGUUUAGGGACCUCUGGUGAGAACUUUGUACCUUACAUGCCCCAAUUUCAAACCUGUUCCACGCACAGUCACAAGAUAAUGGAGAAUAAGAUGUGUGACUUAACUGUGUAAUCUCAUCCAAGAAGCCUCAAGGUUCCAUUCCAGUAGAGCCUGUCAUGUAUAAUGUGUUCUUUUAUUGUUGUGGAUGUGGGAGACAAGUGUCAGAAUCUAGUGUGAAAAUGAUUGUUUCCAAACUAAGUGUGUCUAUUUUCUCUCAGUAAUACAGAUGAAACAUAUGAGGAAGCCCUCAUUAAUCUAGUAAUGUAGAUGGACUCUUACUGAAUAUAUUCCCAAGAUACUUGGGGAAGGUCUCCUAAUUCUAGCUAAAAAUAAAUCCAGGAAGUAGAAUCUAUCUAAACAUCUGAACUCUGGAAAGAAGAAAUUUCAACACGAUAUUGAUAGCUGAACAAAAAGGUUUCAAGCUAAAUCCCUGAGACAUAGUUGUCUCAACGGUGUAUUUUUCUUACCUUGAAUUGUCUUGUGCUGUGCAGAUUCACAUGUGCACGUAAAAGCUAAACUGAAUAGGUAUCCUUGUGUGUUUUUGAAGUAUGUGACAAGUUUGUACUUUGUGCCUCCUGACCAUGUUAUUUGAAGUAUCACUCCAUUAAAUGUUGAAUUUAGGUUGAGAGUUGACCCCUAGUCUAAGAAGUUACUCUUUUGAAGAGGAAUAGGUUAACUACUUUUUUUGCAACAAAGCCAGAAUCUAUGAUAUCAGAUGAAAACAAAAUUGAAUGAUAGUUUUAUCACCAGUACUUUGAUUGCAAGCAUGAGCAGCUCUGAGAUUUGGCCAGCUUUAACUCUGUAGUACACUGAAGUGAUGACUUCCAGAAAGAUUGACACAUGCCACUCAUGCCACCCCUUAUCAUUCGAGAAUCAUUAUCCCUCCCAAUCCGCGCUGGGAUGCUGUAUAAACCAACUACUGUACUUCACAGAUUGCAUAUUUUAACUUGAUUGCAGCAAUAAUUGCACAAGAUACAUGUACAUUCUCACUCCCCUGUUAGGAAUGAGGCAAUUAAGUCAUUUGCCCAAAGUUCCAGAUUUAAUGGUUGAUGGAACCAGAAUUUAGAUUUAACUUACAUCUUUUUGAUGGUACUGAUUAAAUUUUAAUCUAAGUCUUAUAGUGCCAUCCUUGAAAACAAAACAACUGGUGUUAUCAAAGAAGAUCUAAUAAGAUGAAACACAGUUAUAGGUGAAUAAUUGAUUCCUGGUCUUGGAUUUGAAGACUAUUGUGGGGAUGUAUUAUCCAUUUCAGUGUUUGAUGUGGCAAGAUGAUUCAAUGAGAGCCUAGCAAAUGAGAAAUUCAAAACUCCCUCAUACUAAGAAGUUCAAUGGCAAGAAUAGUUCCAAGAAUCUCAGAAUCAUCAGUGCGAGUUCAUCAGUGCCGAAGAGUAAGCUAGUGUGUUGCCAAGCAUCAUCAGCAUCUUAUACUAACCUGACACUGCCUUGCUGAUUUUACCAUUAACCUUAGUAAAUCCUGCCAUGCCCUCUCUAGUCCAAUUAUAGCUCUAUGGAUGGAUGAUGAGUCCUAGUGAUAAGAGAGAUCCCUGACCCUAGUUAGAUCUGUUUUCAGGCUUUGUGUUCAUUUGAUGUUCAGAAGUCAGCAAGGUUCUCAUAUGUCCUGAGUUAGUAAGAUGUCUCAGGGUUCCCCCAUCAGCUAACAACCACUUUGACAUGAGAAGGCAGAGAGUUAAAGAACACUACUUGGUGUUUUACUUAAAGAUACGAGAUCUCUUUUGUUUCUACUGCUUUUCAGUACCAAAUGAUUACAUGUUGAAAUUGACCCAUCACAGUUAAUAUUUGCCUGUUGGGUAGAGUAUUAAUUGAAGCCUGUUGAUCUCUCUGUAUAGGAAAAAUGGAAAAUUAAAAAUUGCUCUACUCAGUGUUUAAUUGGGGUUUAAGUACUGAGCAUGUCCACUGUGACCGCAUUGGCUUGCACUUUUGGACCAGAACAAUAAGCAAGAGAAAGCAAUGACUCUUUUAGUCAGGUCAAGGGUACAUCUGGUAUGGAAUCUACAGUGAAUUCACAGGUCAAGGGUCCUUUAAUGCUGCAGGUUUCAGUUAAUCUAGAGACAGCCUAUUGGUCUGAGCUCAUUGAUACUGUGCCAGUUUGGUUAAAAAAAAAAUGAAAUUACAUCAGAAAAACUGUCAUCUUUAGCCAAGUUCAGAGCAGGGGCUGAAUUAUAGAAUCUGGCCUGUGAGCACCCACAGGAUAAGGUGGUACUUAUUGCCUGUGAGCACCCACAGGAUAAGGUGGUACUUAUUGCCUGUGAGCACCCACAGGAUAAGGUGGUACUUAUUGCCAGUGAGCUUUGUUUCUGACCUUCACUUUGGAAACUUUAUUUCACUACUACUAUACUUUAGUUACUAUGUCCUUGUGAAAAUUGUUACUAAAUCAAGUUUUGUAAAAUGUAAGGGGAAUGUAUGGUGUUUGAUAGCCCAGAAUAAUGUUACAUUUAUUCCCAAGAAUUCUAUAAAUUUUUAAGAGAUCAAGGAAUUCAACAUAAAUUUUAGAGUUUUGUUUUAUUGUAGCUUUUGAGUUUAUUUAUGUAUUGUCAGUGUUUGGAUGUGAAUUCCAAGCCUCACACAUGUCUGGGAAGUGUUCUAACACACUAAGAUACAACUUCCAACUUUGACAUCUAAGUGACUUUCAAUGAAUAUGGAAUUUUGAAUAUGUCUUUUAAAGGCCCUAAAUUGAAAAACAGCAAGUCUCUUUAAAUUCAAACUUUACAGAAAGAGAACCAAUAAUUUGAGCUAUGGCUUUAAUUUAAAGCAAGAAAAUAAAUUGUGUGUUAGGGCUGGCAAGAUUUUGUUUCUAGAUUAAAUGCACGCUCCCAAGGGCAAACAUGAACAAACAAAAGUCACUCUGCAUCUCCUAUAGUCCUACAGUCUGCUCCUAUUGCAGUCUUAUGUUCUGGGUACAGAUGCUCUUCAGUUGACCAGAGAUGUCCCUUUCUCUCCAAAUCGAGUGUCAGACACCGGAAGGAUUUGGGUCAAGUUCCCAAGCCAGUGGUAGAGCUGGGCUUGGAGUCAGGACCUCCACCCUUAGUUUUGACAGUCUUCCAAUUCCUUUUAUCCUUUUCCAGUAAAACUAAUCCCUUUCUUGCAAAUGUUAAAAAUAUGUUCACAUUCCUUCAGUAGUGAGGAUGUUAGCCACCAAAAACCGAAGGAAAACAAAUUUCUAGCUGGGAGAAUUGUGAGGUGUGCACCCAGGAAGCACUGGCAGCAUACUGGUGAAUCAAGACCUACAACAGCUCCAACUCUAUGUCACCUACCGGUGGGUGUCAACAAACCUCUAAUUUCCGGUGAUCUUCAGAAGAAUUUUAAUCUUUCUUCAUCUUCCAAGGUUGAUCUUGAUAAUUAUUUUAGUGAUCGCCCUGAAGUAAUUUCUGAGAAAAUCUGUUCUCAAAUUUGAAAGUACAAAAGUAAAAUGGCUUACUGUACUGUGAUGAAGCUGAGGCCGGGUGUGAGAUAGCCCUCAAGUGUAGCUACUAAGCGCAUGAAGAACCAUCAGUGCGUUUACUCUUGAGUCUCUAGUUUGGAAGAGUAAAGUGCUUCUGUUCUCAUCAAUGUUGUGGCAGCAACUUAACAUAAACUGUUUUACAACUGAGACACUGUGACAUGCCUCUGGAUGAGCAGUCAGAAGUGGAUUCCAUGGAUGGGGUUUUAUAUGGAAUGAAUUAUUUUUAUACAAAAUUUAUCAAUAUUUAUUUUGGAAAGCUGCUUUUGAAAAUGUCUAUUUUUCAAAAUAUGCCGAGCUUAAGAUGCAUGAUAUUAAAUUUAAUGUUAUAAAGAUCUGUUUGUUGUAAAUAAAACACUUUACUCAAAAAAUAUGACCUGAAGAUGAACUUGGAAUAUGCUUAAUUUUGUAGUGAGAUUUCUAUGUUGUACAUCUUCUACACCUGAAACAUGUGUCUCAGGACUGGGUAAGGAAAUCUUUCUGUUUAAUGACAAUUUGUAUCAUAAUAAAUGUUAUAAAUGUAA